CGUCCGCCAUUUUUGGGUGUUUUCCAGUCUUUCAUAGAAGCUAUAAAAUUUCGCAGAUUUUUUCUUCGAAUUUUCUAAGAAAUGGGAAGAUCUCCGGGAAAGAAAAGUUCACGGUCGAGGCAUCGCAGUAGGAGCAGGGAUCGUCGUAAAGACCGUCGUGAAACCCGGAGUCGCAGUCCGGAAGAGUCCAGAAGUCGUCGGGAUAGGGAUAGGGAUAGGGACAGGGACAGGGACCAUGAUCGUGACAGGCGAAAGGAUCGCAGCAGGAGCCGGGAUAGGGAACAUCGACGAGAGCGGCGGAACUACAGCCGGAGCCGCAGCAGGGAGAAGCGACAAUCGAGGGAUAGGGAUCGUCGUCGUGAGCGUGAGCGUGAGCGGGCAGAACGUUAUGAGGAGACCGAAGCUGCCGCCGAGAAGAAGGAAAUGCCGAAUUUGUCGCAGCAAAUCUUAGCAGCUGUAGCUCAGCAAGCAACGGAGAAAAAUUUUAGUUCUUUCCUUAAUAACUCAAUUUUGUCAGGAGGUUUCGAUGUUGGUGGUUCUCGGGAGGGUAUCCCCAGCUUAUUGGGUGCUUUCGGACUCGGUGGCACGGAAAACAGCUCAAUAGAGAGGGAACCUAAGCCAGAGGAGAACAACAAGAGAGAGAUGGAUUUUUCGGGGAUGUUUGACGCUAGUAAUGGUUCAGGGCUAUUGGGAGCAGCUCCUUCUAAUCCUUUUGGUUCUCUUCCACCAGAACUCAACAGUAACAGCAACAGCCAGGAAGGUUUCAAAGAUUUUUCUGCUGCAGGAAUGCUGUCCGGAAACAACAGCAAUGAUAGCACUUCUGGUCUCUCGGCUGCCGAGGAAAGGAAGAGGAAGAGAAAGUCCCGCUGGGCUGGUGGUGAUCAUGACAAGACAUUCAUUCCCGGAAUGCCAACAAUCUUGCCCGCAACGCUGAGUGCCGACCAACAGGAGGCAUAUUUAGUUCAACUGCAAAUCGAGGAGAUCAGCCGCAAAUUACGCUCCGGAGACUUGGGAAUAUCUGUAAAUCCGGAAGAAAGAUCUCCAUCGCCUGAGCCAAUCUACAGUUCUGAUGGCAAAAGGUUGAACACGAGGGAGUUCCGCAUCAGGAAACGUCUGGAAGAGCAACGUCAUCAACUUGUGCUGCGGAUGCAGUGCAUGAAUCCGGAAUUUAAACCUCCAGCGGAUUACAAGCCACCAGUUAUCCGAGUAAGCGAUAAGGUGUUGAUCCCGCAGGAGCAGCAUCCGGACAUCAACUUCGUUGGAUUGCUUAUUGGACCACGUGGGAAUACUCUUAAAGCGAUGGAAAAGGAGACAGGAGCAAAGAUUAUAAUUCGUGGCAAGGGAUCUGUGAAGGAGGGUAAAGUGGGUCGAAAAGAUGGGCAACCACUGCCAGGUGAAGAUGAGCCUCUACAUGCCUUUAUCACGGCUAGCAAUCCGGAGCAUGUGAAGAAGGCUGUGGACAAGAUAAAGGAUGUCAUUCGGCAGGGCAUUGAAGUGCCCGAGGGACACAAUGAUUUGCGUCGGAUGCAAUUGCGAGAAUUGGCUCAGCUCAAUGGGACUCUGCGAGAAACUGAUGGGCCUCGGUGCACAAAUUGUGGCUCGACUGAGCACAAGAGUUGGUUGUGUCCGGAUAAGCCCAAUGUGACCAAUAAUAUUGUUUGCUCAUCAUGCGGAGGAGCUGGUCAUAUUGCUAAGGAUUGCAGGAGUAAAAGACCAGGAGCAGGAGGACCUCCAAGUAGCAAUGCACAGGCCAAGAUUGAUGAGGAGUACAUGAGUUUGAUGGCGGAAUUGGGUGAGGGUCCGCCGGCUGAUGUUAGCACAAAGAGGGAAAUGGUGCAGCAUCCACGAUAUGGGCUAUUUGACCAGAGACCAAGUCAUCCGCGUUCUAUUAUGGCUCCACCGCCGCCGCCGUGGAAUCAGAAUCAGAUGGGCAUGAAUCCGCCACCGUUGAUGGGUCCACCUGGUCCACCAGGGAGUGGUCCACCGGGUGGACAGGGUUCCCAUGGGGGAAUGCCAUGGAAUAUGGGAAUGGGUCAGGGGGCGUCCAAUGGACAACCUCCGCCGCCGGGAAGUUGUAUGUCUUCGGAGAAUAAUGGAAUGGGAGGUUUACCGCCAAUUCCGGGAACUGGAAUGCCACCCAUGAUGCCUCCACCACCAGGAACGGAUCAACAGUGGGAUUGGGGACCACCACAGCCACCACCACCGCCUCUCCAUCCGCCGCAGCAACAGCAGCAACAACAGCAGCAGCAGCAGCAGCAUAUGAUGCCACCACCAUUUCCCUGGGGACAGGCACCGCCUAAUUUCAUUCCACCUCCUCCACCAUCUACCAGCAGUUCCAUCACCAAUCCUAGAAUUCAGAGCCUCCUCUCAUCCCCACCACCACCUCCGCCACCCAACUAAAUGCAACUUUUGAAGAAGGAACUUUUCCAAGAACAUUUUUUCACACUCUGCGCCUCUGAUGCUGGAGGAACUUUUCUUAUUUUGAUACUAUAUAACGAAGUUUUCAUUGAAGAGAUUUUUUUUUUUUGAGGAGCAUUUUCUUUGGCUUGGAGAAUAAAACCUGGCGUACCUUAUUCUCUCGUUUGGAAAGGAAUUUAAAAGUAUAUAUAUAUAAUUGUGUAGAUACAUUUUACUUGGAGUUUGUGUAAAAUAGAGAUACUGGCCUAUUGUCUUUUUGAUUGUGAA